AAGAGGAGAGAAAAACUAGAGGUGGAAGACGACGGCUUCUCGAGUCCAUAGAAAGAGGGGAGGAGAGAGAGGCGGUGGUGGGAAGCAAGAAUGGCGUGCUCUCCGCGUGUGUUCCUCUCGGCGUCGGCUACUCCUCCUCCUCCAUCUGCUGCUGCUUCCUCUUCGUCUCCGUUCCUCUCCACGGGGCAUGUGUCCUCGGCUCCGUCCACGUCCAGAUGGACUGUCCAAUACAAGCAGCCAGGACAUACAUUCUAUCGAAGGACCCAUGUGCAAAGCUUCUUGGCUUUUGCUAGCACAGAUGCAUCAGAAGGCAAAAGAAGUUCAGGUGAUAAUGUGGUAAUGGUUGAUCCACUGGAAGCUAAGCGCUUAGCAGCUCAACAAAUGCAACAAAUUCAGGCCAGAGAAAAGCUGAAGAGACGUCGUCGAGCAGAAGCUAUUAAUGGUGCAUUGGCAAUGAUAGGACUGACUGUAGGAUUGGUACUGGAAGGUCAGACAGGAAAGGGUAUCUUGGCACAGCUGGCUGGAUAUCUCACGGCUUUGUCUAGUUUAUUCGGGCAAUAGCAGAUCAUGAUUCAUGAGUUCCUUUUUUUGCUUUUAACUUCCUCAACCAGGAAAGCUUUUGUCUGAAUCUCAUUUGCUGGAUCCAACCAAUUUGUUUAUGGUUAAUCCUGUCCAUAUUUGCAAUGACAUGCAGAUUUGCAGGCUAGUGAUCCAAUUAAUUGUAUUGAUCUGGCGCCUGUCCUGAAAAUUCAUACACGGUGUAUCAAGUUAAAACAUUGUAUUCUCCCGCAAAAAAAAAAAUCAAUGCUUUGUAUUCAUAUUCUUUUCCAUGUACUCAACAGCUUAUUAUGACAGUGUAAAGCAACUGAAGAGUAGUUCAAUUGAUCAUUCAUACUC